AUGGAGACGAUUCUAUCAUCAUCGUCAGCACCAAUUAUAUUCAACGAAUCUUCACACGAAGAACGAGCUUCUGUGGAACGAUUGAACCCGGAAGAACGGCAUAUAAUUCCAGAAGAUGUUGGAGAAGAUGAAGAAAGACUUCUGAUUGAUCUAUUCCGUGAAUACAACAGCUUGAUACGUCCAGUUCAGAAUGUCACGAGCCCUCCGGUCAUUGUGGAUUUUGGAGUUGCAAUGAUAUUAUUGAUAAAUGUGGAUGAAAAAAAUCAAAUUUUGCAUACAAACGUUUGGCUGACAAUGAAAUGGAAUGAUUUCCAAUUACGAUGGAAUCCCGAAGACUAUGGAAAUAUUUCAACGAUUCAUGUACCAUCUGAUAGAGUUUGGCUGCCUGACAUCGUUUUAUUCAAUAAUGCUGACGGCAAUUAUGAAGUUUCAUUCAAAUCAAAUGCUUUUGUGGAUCAUCACGGUGAUGUUAUCUGGGUACCUCCAGCCAUGUUCAAGAGCAGUUGUCGGAUUGAUGUAGAAUGGUUUCCAUUUGAUGAACAGAGCUGUACAUUGGUUUUCGGAUCAUGGACAUACAACUCCGAUGAAGUUCUUCUGAAUUGGUAUAACAACAUUCAAGCUGUUCAACUGACUGAUUAUCAGUUCAGUGGAAUUUGGGAUGUGAUAGAUGUGCCUGGAUACCUUGUGACCAAAAGAGAUGCAAAGGAAAGCCGAAUCGUAUUUAACCUUGUCAUUAGGAGAAAAACCUUGUUCUAUACCGUAAUUCUCAUAAUUCCCACCGUUUUAAUGGCAUUUUUAUCCAUGAUGGCCUUCUAUCUUCCAGCUGAUUCAGGAGAGAAGAUUUCAUUGACAAUUAGCUUAUUAUUGGCUUUGGUUGUGUUUCUUCUUCUCGUUUCAAAGAUUCUACCACCGACAUCUAACAUUCCCUUGAUGGGAAAAUAUUUAUUAUUAGCCUUCGUCUUAAAUAUAAUAACUGUUGUUGUUACUGUGAUUAUUGUAAAUGUUUAUUUCCGAUCAGCUUUAUCACAUGAGAUGCCAAAUUGGGUUCGACAGAUAUUCUUAGAAUUUCUUCCAAGGUUUCUCAUGAUGAAGCGUCCCGAACGAAUUCCCAUCUUCAACGGCUAUUUCGUAGAAGAGUAUUGUGCAGCUGAAAUCAUAGAUGCGAGUAGUUGCGAUGAUACUGAGCGUACUGAAACAGAUACAGACUUUGAAAGUGGAGAACCAAGCUUGGUUAUGCCGUCAAUGACAGCAACCAUAGUGCCGUUUCUUCAAAUGACACAAACCAAAAUAGAACGAAAUCCUCAAGAACAUCACGAAAAUUGUUCAAAAUGGAAGAAGAAGUUAAGUCGGAAGUUUUCGAGGAAAAAGAAAAAUGAGGAGCCUAUAGCUGAAGCAACAUGUAUGGAAGCAAUUCAAGAAGGACCACGUACGGAGCAAGAAAGAAUAAGUCGAGAAAUGAAAACAACAGUUGAAUCAAUAGCUUAUAUAGCGGAACAUAUGAAAACUCAAAUGAGCCGGAAAAAAAUAAGAGAUGAUUGGAAAUACGUAGCUAUGGUUAUAGAUCGUCUUCUCUUAUUAGUUUUUUUCGGAAUUACUUUAGGAGGAACUGUUGGAAUCAUACUCUCUGCUCCACAUAUCUUAACUUACUUUUCAGCUUUUCUCUUAUUCAUACUUCAAAGUACCGAUGGUUCACCGGAUGAGCAUCGAUUAACAGCAAAUCUCUUUUAUGGUUAUAAUUCACUCGUAAGACCUGUCGAGAAUGCAUCUUCUCCAGCGAUUCAGGUUUCAUUCAGUUUAGCUUUAGUUCUUCUUAUCAACAUUGACGAAAAAAAUCAAAUUAUGCAUACGAACGUCUGGCCAACAAUGCGAUGGACGGAUUAUCAAAUGAAAUGGGAUCCCCGAGAUUACGGAGGAAUUCGGACAAUACGUGUUCCUCCCGAGAAAGUUUGGCUUCCUGACAUCGUCUUGUUCAAUAAUGCUGACGGAAACUAUCUUGUGAGUUUCUACUCCAAUGUUGUAGUAGAACAUACUGGGGAAAUGCUUUGGGUUCCGCCUGCUGUUUACAAGAGCAGUUGCAUAAUUGAUGUUGAAUUUUUUCCUUUUGAUGAACAAGUAUGCAGUUUGACUUUCGGUUCAUGGACAUUCAAACAUGACGAAGUCCAGAUUUCGCACUUGGAAGGAAAACGUCAAGUUGAACUAAAUGAUUAUUCGCCCAGUGGAAUCUGGGAUGUGAUUGAAGUUCCUGGACAUUUACGGGAGACGAGGUCUAAAAUAUCUUAUCAAAUUCGUAUUCGGAGAAAAACGCUGUUCUAUACCGUAAUUCUGAUUAUGCCAACUGUAUUGAUGGCAUUUCUCUCAAUGUCAGUAUUCUACCUCCCAUGUGAAGCAAGUGAAAAAAUAACUUUGGCUAUAAGCAUACUGUUAGCUUUAGUUGUAUUCCUUCUUCUUGUGUCAAAGAUUCUACCUCCUACAUCAUCUACAAUUCCAUUAAUGGCUAAAUACUUGUUAUUGACUUUUGUAAUGAACAUGAUAACUAUUAUGGUCACAGUCGUCAUAAUUAACCUCUAUUUUCGUGGCCCAGCAACACACACUAUGCAGCCAUGGGUUAGAACGAUUUUCUUGAAGUAUUUGCCACUUCUGUUGGUUAUGAAACGUCCGGCUUCUUCGCAAGCUUCAUCCUUCCACCGCUCGAAAGAUAACUGCAAUCAAUCCAAUUACGGUUCUAUGCAGAAAACUCUACCAAUCGUUCAAGUACGGCCACCUGAUGAUGAUAAGCCGAAAUUGGUAGAUGAUACGAAACCAAAAUUGAAUCAAACGAAUGAGGAAAAUCGUAAGCUUAGCUCAAGCAAUAGUGUCAAAGAAGAAACGUUAUCGGAUAAUGCCAAAAAAGCCAUUGAAGCCAUUGAGUACAUUACUCAACAUUUGACGCAUGAUAAUAACGAUAAAAAGCAAAAAGAUGAAUGGAAGUUCGUUUCAAUGGUAGUUGAUCGUCUUUUACUUUACAUUUUCUUUGCUGUGACCGCCACAGGAACGAUGGGAAUAUUGUUUUCAGCUCCGAACGUAUUUGAGUAUGUCGAUCAAACAACAAUCAUUGAAAACUUGAAGAAAGCAGCAAAAGCUGAACAAGACUUCGAGCUUCCCACCUUUUAG